AUGGUUGCUGAACUUGGACAAUAUGUUCAUGCAAUUGGGACGGAUUCCAGCAAUUCGAUGGAACCCCAAAGUAUCAAAGCGAUUUACAUUGAACCUACAAAGGGACAACGUACUGGGCACCGAGUGCUCAACCUCAAUACUAAGGAGAUGAUUUCCCGACCCAAGGUUGUAGUACUACCCAUUACCGACCAAGUAAUCCAGCGUGUUGAAGCUUGGGCUGCUGCCAAAGGUGUUACUUCCAUGAAGUUCUUUGAUAAGAAGAGAGAUUUGGAGACAUUUCAAGAUGGCAAUCAAAUUGUAGGAGUGGAUGACACGGCACAAGGUUACUUUGCAGAAGCCUUUGAUCAGGACUAUGAACCUGAAGAUGAAGAUGAAUGUAAUUUCAAUCUACGUGGACAAUUCGAUGAUGUAAAUGUCUUCAAAAACGAAAAGCUCUUGGCAGAUGCAAACAAUGAUGUCAAUGAUAUGCCAGAACUCACUUUCAGAUUCUGUGGAGAUGAUGACUAUGAAUCAGAUGACGACGAUUCUGGUGAUGAAGGCAAUGAAGAGGAAGAACCUACUGUUGCCAAGUUGGAUCACCAUCAAGAAAAUGUUGAUAGAGAUGAUAUUGGGAGCCAUGUUAAACGCCUCAAGUAG